CAUCAGACUGAACUUGGUAUUUUUGUACGCUUGAAUGGUUUGAUUGUUCUGAUCAAAUUGAUCUUUGAUCCACAUCUAUUCAGCUCUGCAUGUAUUCUGAUACCACUUGGUUUUUCUUUUCAAGGGUAGGCCUAAAAAAUCGGUUAGAGAGGGCCUGUCUUAUCUGUUUGGGUAACACUAAAAAUGAUUAUUUAUGGAAUUUCCCCAUUAUUAUUAUUAUUUACUUUGUGUUUUGGAUUGCGUCCUGAAGUAGUUCAGGACCAAGUAUUGUUCAAAGGAGGUGACCAGGGCGAAGUAUAUGCCUACCGAAUUCCAGUUGCUACGUUGACCUCACAAGGCAAACUGGUUGUAUAUGCUGAAGCACGGAAAUAUUCAAGAGCCGACGCAAAGUCAAAGUUUAUUUCUGGAAGAACCUCCGUAGAUGGGGGAUACAGUUGGUCCGUCGCAGAGUUUUUAGUCGGAAACUUUGCCACCAAUGAUGGUAUUAACCUUGGAGCAACGUUAUACAACGCUGAGCGCUCAGAAUUGUUAAUUUUGUACACAGAAUGUGCACAUCGAGAAUGUGAAAGUGGAGUGACCUCAAAUUACAUGUUGAAGUCAGUUGAUGGAGGCGUCUCAUGGCAACCACCAGUUGACAUCUCAAAGGAAAAUGGCACAAAUAAUAUUAAUAAUUUGUACAAUUAUUCCUGGACUGCUGGGCCAGGAUACGGCAUACAGAAGAAACUGGAGCCUCAUAAAGGUCGUUUGAUUGUGUGUGGUCAUACAGUACACGAGGAUCAUCACGGACUGGAAUGCAUUAUAAGUGACGAUCAAGGCGUAACAUGGAAGCGGGGUGCAUCUCAACCAUCUCUUCCAAAAUAUGGCCCAUUAAAAGCUGGUGGAUUUUUUGCAUCUGAAGUUCAGAUUGUCGAACUGCAAAAUGGUUCCAUUAUGUUUAAUGCUCGUAAUAGUAUGAACUACCAGUGCGCUUGUCGUGUGGUAAUGCUGAGCAAUGAUGGAGGCGACACUAUUGACUUCGACAGCAUCUACUUUGACGCCACACUGAUCGACCCCAUUGAUGCAGGAGCAAUACUUGUGCACGGAGGCUACUUAUUCUUUGUUAAUGCAGCCAGCAGCAAAUCCAGAAGCAACAUUACCUUAAGAUGGAGUGCAAAUGAAGGCAAGACUUGGGAUGGAGCCUUAAGUAUCUAUCGAGGUCCAGCAGCCUACUCCACGUUGACGAGUGUCGAUGAAAAUCAUAUUGGUGUUGUAUUUGAACGGAGUAUGAAUGGCAAGGAUGAUGCUGGAAGCAUAUGGUUUACUCUUGUUAAGAUUAAAUAGACAUUACAAGAGAGAUCUUUAAGAUCUUUAAGAUAAAUAUAAUGCAACUGGAUUUUCAUCAGAUUUAUUUUUAGCACAUUGUACUUUUGCAACUUUCACUGUUCCUCGUAAUUUUGGUGACAUUUUACUAACCUUCUAAUUAUAAUCUUUUUAUUGAUUAACAUUGGAAAAAUUUUUUUUUUAAAUGAUGGUUAAUAUGGAAAUUUCCGUUCACUAUUCGCAGAAUAUUCAGAGAACAAAAUAAAAUUGAAAAAAUAUAGGCCUAACUUGAUGUAAGGAUGACUCAUUAAGGUUUUAUUUUUUUCUCCAUGUGGUCCUGAUAUAGACCUAACCAUUUAAAGAACAUAGGAAGAGAAACGAAGAGGUAAAACAAAAAAAGGAAACUA